CGGCCCCGCCGCCCGUCAGGCCGUUGGCUCCCGCUCCGGGCCCGGGCCGCCGGCUGUAGUCUUCAAGAUGAGUGUCCCUGACUACAUGCAGUGCGCUGAGGACCACCAGACUCUCCUCGUGGUAGUGCAGCCUGUGGGCAUCGUCUCCGAAGAGAACUUCUUCAAGAUCUACAAGAGGAUCUCCUCCGUGAGCCAGAUCAGCGUGCGGGACUCCCAGCGGGUGCUCUACAUCCGCUACAGGCACCACUACCCGCCUGAGAACAAUGAGUGGGGCGACUUCCAGACCCACCGCAAAGUCGUGGGCCUCAUCACCAUCACGGACUGCUUCUCCGCCAAGGACUGGCCGCAGACUUUCGAGAAGUUCCACGUGCAGAAGGAGAUCUAUGGCUCCACGCUCUACGACUCCCGGCUCUUCGUCUUUGGGCUGCAGGGAGAGACCACCGAGCAGCCGCGCACCGACGUGGCCUUCUACCCCAACUAUGAGGACUGCCAGACGGUGGAGAAGAGGAUCGAGGACUUCAUCGAAUCGCUCUUCAUUGUGCUCGAGUCCAAGCGUCUGGACAGGGCCACUGACAAGUCCGGGGAUAAGAUCCCCCUUCUCUGUGUCCCGUUUGAGAAGAAGGACUUUGUAGGACUGGACACAGACAGUAGACAUUACAAGAAGCGGUGCCAAGGGCGCAUGCGCAAGCAUGUGGGUGAUUUAUGCCUCCAGGCAGGGAUGCUGCAGGACUCCUUGGUACAUUACCACAUGUCUGUGGAACUUCUCCGCUCGGUGAAUGACUUCCUGUGGCUUGGAGCUGCCCUUGAAGGGUUAUGUUCGGCUUCUGUCAUCUAUCACUAUCCUGGUGGCACUGGGGGUAAGACUGGAGCUCGAAGGUUCCAGAGUAGCUCACUUCCUGCCGAAGCAGCCAACAGACAUCGACCAGGGGCACAAGAAGUUCUCAUUGAUCCAGGUGCCCUCACGACCAAUGGCAUAAAUCCUGACACCAGUGCUGAAAUCGGACGUGCUAAGAACUGUCUUAGUCCUGAGGACAUAAUUGACAAGUAUAAGGAGGCCAUUUCCUAUUACAGCAAGUACAAGAACGCCGGAGUGAUUGAGUUAGAAGCGUGUGUCAAGGCUGUGCGUGUCCUCGCCAUUCAGAAGCGGAGCAUGGAAGCCUCAGAGUUUCUCCAGAAUGCCGUUUACAUUAAUCUUCGACAGCUUUCUGAAGAAGAGAAAAUCCAGCGGUAUAGCAUCCUGUCUGAGCUCUACGAGCUGAUUGGCUUCCAUCGGAAGUCUGCGUUCUUCAAGCGCGUGGCGGCCAUGCAGUGUGUGGCUCCGAGCAUCUCGGAGCCAGGGUGGAAGGCCUGCUACAAGCUCCUCCUGGAGACGCUUCCUGGCUACAGUCUGUCGCUGGACCCCAAAGACUUUAGCAAAGGCACGCACCGAGGCUGGGCUGCCGUCCAGAUGCGCUUACUUCACGAAUUGGUCUACGCGUCCCGAAGAAUGGGGAAUCCUGCUCUUUCUGUCAGGCACUUGUCCUUCCUGUUGCAGACCAUGCUGGACUUUUUGUCAGAUCAAGAAAAGAAAGAUGUGACUCAGAGUCUAGAGAACUACACAUGCAAAUGUCCUGGGACAAUGGAGCUCCUCACUCUCCCGGGCGGCCCCACCCUGCCUCCAGUGCCCUUCACCAAACUUCCCAUUGUCAGGCGUGUGAAGCUGUUGAACCUUCCUGCCAGCCUCCGGCCACAGAAAAUGAAGAGCUUGCUGGGUCAGAAUGUGUCGACCAAGAGCCCGUUCAUCUACUCACCAAUUAUUGCGCACAACCGUGGAGAAGAGCGGAACAAGAAAAUAGAUUUCCAGUGGGUUCAAGGAGACGUGUGUGAAGUUCAGCUGAUGGUAUACAACCCAAUGCCAUUUGAACUCCGAGUUGAAAACAUGGGGCUCCUCACCAGCGGAGUGGAGUUCGAGUCUCUCCCUGCGGCGCUCUCCCUUCCUGCUGAAUCUGGUCUUUACCCAGUGACUCUUGUUGGGGUCCCACAGACGACUGGAACGAUCACUGUGAAUGGUUACCAUACCACGGUCUUUGGCGUCUUUAGUGACUGUUUGCUGGAUAACCUGCCGGGAGUGAAGACCAGCGGCUCCACGGUGGAAGUCAUUCCUGCCCUGCCCAGACUGCAGAUCAGCACUUCCCUGCCCAGGUCUGCACACUCACUGCAACCUUCUUCUGGCGAUGAGACAUCUACUAAUGUGUCGGUCCAGCUUUACAACGGGGAGACUCAGCAGCUUGUCAUUAAGCUGGAGAACAUUGGGAUGGAACCGUUGGAGAAACUAGAAGUCACCUCCAAAAUUCUCACCACCAAAGAAAAACUGUACGGCGACUUCUUGAGCUGGAACCUGGAAGAAACCCUUGCCCAGUUUCCUCUGCAGCCGGGGAAGGUGGCCACUUUCGUGGUCAACAUCAAGGUGAAGUUGGAUUUCUCGUGCCAGGAGAACCUCCUCCAAGACCUCAGUGACGAUGGAAUCAGUGUGAGUGGCUUUCCACUGUGCAGUCCCUUCCGACAGGUCGUUAGGCCUCGAGUGGAGAGCAAGCCCGUGAACCCACCCGAAGGCAGCAAGCCGGGGGACCUGAGCCACGUGAAGACCCUGGAAGCUAUCCUGAAUUUCAAAUACUCUGGAGGUCCGGGCCACGUUGAAGGAUACUAUAGGAACCUCUCCCUGGGGCUGCACGUGGAAGCCGAGCCAUCUAUAUUCUUCACCCGAGUCAGUACUCUGCCGGCAACCAGCAGCCGGCAGUGCCACCUACUCCUGGAUGUCUUCAACUCCACGGAGCACGAGCUGACCGUCCGUGCCCGCGGCAACGAGGAGCUUAUCCUGCAUGCCGGCGAGUACCAGCGAAUGGCCAUUCAAGUGGACAAGUUCAACUUCGAGAGUUUCCCAGAAUCCCCUGGGGAGAAGGGACAGUUUGCAAACCCAAAGCAACUGGAGGAAGAGCGGCAGGAAGCCCCCGGCCUGGAGAUCGACAGCAAGCUGGACGUCCACUGGAGAAUCCCCUCUCUGAAGCGCACGGGUGAGGCGAGCGUGGAAGGACUCCUAAACCAGCUGGUCCUGGAGCACCUGCAGCUGGCUCCUCUUCAGUGGGAUGUGCUGGUGGACGGACAGCCCUGUGACUGUGAGGCUGCGGCCUGCCGGGUGGGCGACCCCGUGCGUCUGGAGGUGCGGCUGACCAACCGGAGCCCGCGCAGCGUGGGGCCCUUCGCCCUCACUGUGGCGCCCUUCCAGGACCACCAGAACGGGGUGCACAACUAUGACCUGCGCGACGCCGUCUCCUUCGUGGGCUCCAGCACCUUCCACCUGGACGCGGUGCAGCCUGCGGGCCGGUCGGCCUGCCUGGGAGCCCUGCUCUUCCUCUACACGGGCGACUUCUUCCUCCACAUCCGCUUCCACCAGGACAGUGCGAGCAAGGAGCUGCCGCCGUCCUGGUUCUGCCUGCCCAGCGUGCACGUGCGCGCCCUGGAGGCACAGGCCUGAGCCCCGCGGCCCUCCUCUGGGGCCCCGUUCCUGCGGGCAUGGGUGACCCAGCAGCCACAGGGGCCCAGCCUGGCCCCC